UCCCGCCCCGCCCCCGGGCCUGGCCACCUGCCGGGGAAACUUGUGGAUUGUUGCCCUCGGGUCGCUUCUGGGCGGGGACGCUGAACUGGGCUAUGGAACGUCCGUCGGGGACUCGCGAGCCCCGGGCCCAGCCGAGAGAGCGGGACCCAGACAGGCACCCCCGCUCGGACCGAGACCGCCACCCCGAGCGAGAGCGGGACAGAGCCGGGGACCGGCGCAGGGAGAGAAACGGAGGCGGGCGGAGGGACGGGGACCGGGACAGGGAAAGGGACCGAGAACCCCGCCAGGACAGACACAGAGCCGGGGACCAUCGCACUGGUGAACAAAGAGUUCGGGGAGCAGAAAGUGAACCCACUUCAGGGAGAUACCCACUCUCGAACCCCAGGCCUGAACUGGAGGAAGUGGAGUAUUACCAGUCAGAGGCUGAAGGACUCCUGGAAUGCCACAAGUGCAGAUACCUGUGCACCGGAAGAGGUGUGAUACAGAUAGUGGAGGUGAUACUGAAUGGGAUGAUUCUCAUGUGUAUCGUGGCCUCUUACUUUGUCCUUGCUGGAUUCAGCGCCAGCUUUGCGAGCGGCGGCGGAUUUGGGAACAACUAUUACUCACCAUUUGAGGGCACUGAGCUGGAGCAGGUUCGGCAGCUGGACCAGCAGUACACGGUCCUCCGGGCACCCCUGAUAUAUGGCGGCGUGGCUGUUUCUCUGGGGCUGGGUGUCCUCACCUUGGGUGUUUUACUCCAAGGAGCCAAGAGUCUGAACAAACUGCCAAGGAAGUGGCUCCUCCUGGAGGCCGCCUUCAGCCUUCUUGCAGCGGUAGGCUACUGCGUAGGCAUCGGUGUUUACCUCCACGCUGCCUUACAGAUCAAUUCCACGGACACGUGCAGGACAAGGGAGAGGGUCUACGCCCGCAAGGGGCUCACCUGGAUGAACUGCCAGCUGUCAGGCACUGACGGCGCAGCAGCCACCUUUGCUUGUCUUCUGGUGAUCAUGUACGGUGCCAGUGUGGUGCUGGCCCUGCGGAGCUACCGAGAACAGAAGCACUACCAAGACAGCCAAGAACAGCACAGAAAUUACAGUGAUGCACCAGAAUACCUGUGGUCUGGAACACUCUGAGGUCUUCUGGAACCUAAAUGUCAACCCACCUCCCUUAUUUCUCUCAAAAAGAUGGGUCCGUUGAAAUUGCACAUUAGACAACAGUGGUUUCACAUAACUUGAUUUUAUAAAUGCUCCCUUUGGUACCAGUGCAAAGCUAAAUAAUCAUCCCAUUUUUCUGUAAGUCUUUGUUGGCUGAAGAGCUUGAAAAAAAUACCUCCACCUUUGCUACAAAGAAUAACAUCCCAAAUUUGGGUAUACCCUUCUGGUUUGGCUCCCUUGCCAAAUGGUAAGGUAAUAAUCACAACAGCUAAAUAGCCAGAGAAAUUCUGAAGAUGAGAACGACACAUCAGGGAUAGCAGGCCCAGUGUGACAGUAGAGAUAUCUUUCCUGUCCUAACUAAAGUCACUAAGAAAAACAUUCCAUUUCCCCCUGUAUUUGGUCCCAGUGGAAUGAUUUUAAAGCAUUUGUGUGGUUAAAGUCCAAAUGAGUUAUUACACUGGGCUCCUGCUGGAGCAUGAGGGAGCAAAAGUAACAGGUGCCCUUGCUCACUCCCCAGGGAGGAGCGAGCAGCUGGGUCCUAAGUGGGGUGAGGGCAGGCCUUCGAAGGUGGGUCAUAAUCUCUCAUGACCCUGAAUUGUUUCCAUAAUGUAAGAUAACAUUAACACUGAAUCUCAAAAAUAAAGUUCUUUGAAUAAUUUUAA